AUGGUUGCGUCAAGGAAGAAAAGUCGCUGUGGUGCGCCCCGCAAGUACGAUGGUGACAGCGUACGAAACGUCGUCACAAAUGUGCCGUCGUACCGACGAUCCAACUUCCGUUCAUUGGCGGCUGCAACUGGGAUACCCAACACUUCGCUUUGGAAUCUCCUGCAGGCCAACAAACUUUGCCGCCGCACGAGCCGUGUGAAGCCCAUGUUGUCCGUCAAGCAAAAGUCCGACCGCUUCAAAUUCGUCCAGAAGUUCGUGCGGGUGGGUCAUGGUCGCUAUCGUGUGUGGCAUGACGUGUUGGACUAUGUGCACCUCAAUGAGAAGUGGUUCUACAUCACUCAAAUCAAUCACCGCGACUACCUUUGGCAUGAUGAACCCAUUCCCCAACGGAAGGUCCAAUCCAAGCGCCACAUCACUAAGGUGAUGUUCUUGUGUGCGGUUGCGCGGCCUAGAUUUGACUUUGGACGGCGCGUCAUGUGGGAUGGCAAGAUUGGACUGUGGCCCAUCGUCGAAACCAAAGUGGCGGCACGUCGGAGCAAGAACCGUGACCGUGGCACGCCCGUCACUGUCCCCAUGACGGUGACAAAGCCCAUCUACCGUCGACUGUUAGUUGACAAGGUUAUACCAGCUAUCCAAGCGAAGUGGCCUGGGCAGCGUGGUGGUACAAUUUACCUGCAGCAAAACAACGCGCGACCGCAUGUUGCUGUUGACGACGCAGAGGUGGUGGCUGCCAGCCGCAAGAAUGGCUGGAACAUACAGCUGGUCGCGCAGCCAGCAAUGAGUCCGAACUUCAACGUCCUGGACCUUGGUUUCUUCAACGCUAUCCAAAGUCUCCAGCACCAGACUGCUAUGCGGACAAUUGACGAUCUUAUUGCGUCCGUUCAAGACGCGUAUUCAAGCCUGGCAAGCCAAGUUUGGGACAAGACCUUUAUGACAUUGCAAAAGGUGAUGGAAGAAGCGUUCAAGUUGGAAGGUGACAACAUCUACAAGCUGCCUCACUUGAAGAAGGACUUGCAAUUGAAGUCUGGAACAGUGGCAUUGAGACCACCAUGCGAUGAAGAUGUGACGCUUGAACUCGAUGCUCUAGAGUCUCGUUUGGACGAUGAGCACCUCGUUGGCGAAAUCGUGGGCAUGCUUGGCCCAGCGUUGAAUAUUGUUGACGACGCUUGA